AUGUGGUCCGCGUCCUACGACGUCCUCAUCGUCGGUGCAGGCAUCGCCGGCUCCGCCCUCGCGCACGCCCUCUCCGCCGCUGCUGUCAGACGCAAACGGCCCCUCCGGAUCUGUCUCCUCGAACGCUCACUCUCCGAGCCAGACCGCAUCGUCGGCGAGCUCCUCCAGCCUGGGGGAAUCCUCGCGCUCAAGAAGCUCGGGCUGGAGGAAUGCCUCGAGGACAUCGACGCCAUCCCGACGUAUGGCUAUUGUGUCAUGCUCGCGGGUAGCCCUGUGCACAUACCCUACCCCGAGGGCUACGAGGGCCGCGCCUUCCACCACGGCCGGUUCAUCCAGCAGCUCCGCAAGAAGGCGAAGGAGGCCGAACGCGUGGAGGUCGUCGAGGCCACCGUGUCGGAGUUGAUCGAGUGUCCGCUGACGGGCCGCGUGCUUGGGGUGCGCGCGACGCGCAAGGAGGAGGGCGCGGUUGAAAAGGAGGCGUUCUUCGCUGACCUCACGAUCGUUGCGGACGGGUGCUUCUCCAACUUCAGGAAUAAGGUGCUGGGCAAGGCGGCGCUGCAGGGGGUAACGAAGGGGCAUUUCGUGGGGAUGAUUCUUGAUGACGCGACGCUUCCGAUUCCGAAGCACGGGACGGUGAUGCUGGUGGAGGGCUCUGGGCCGGUGUUGUCGUACCAGAUUGGAACACACGAUACGCGGAUACUGGUCGACGUGAAGCAUCCUCCACCCCCGGACCUGAAGGAACAUAUCACCAAGAAUAUAAUCCCCCAGCUCCCCGCCUCCCUCCACCUACCCGCGCUUAAAGCGCUCUCUCAAGACCGCCUGCGACGGAUGCCCAACACUUUCCUCCCCGCGAUCCAACAAGGUACCCAACAUACGAAAGAAGGCGUCCUCCUCCUCGGCGACUCGUGGAACAUGCGGCACCCGCUCACGGGCGGGGGAAUGACGUGCGCGUUCAACGACGUUGUCAUCCUCCACGAACUACUACUGGACGACGUGCACGACCUCGCGGACUGGGCGCAGGUGAAGCCGGUGCUGAGGAAGUGGUUCUGGAGACGGAAGCCGCUCGCGUCGACGGUGAACAUCUUGAGCGUGGCGCUAUACGACUUGUUUGGUGCGGAUGAUCCGCUCCUCGAGGUCCUCCGCAUCGGGUGCUUCAAGUACUUCGAACUCGGCGGUGCGUGCGUGCGCGAGCCCGUCAGCAUCCUCGCUGGCAUCGAGCAGGCGCCCUUCAUGCUCUUCCGCCACUUCUUCUCCGUCGCGCUCUACUCCAUAUGGGUGCUCUUCACGCACCCGCGGCGCGUCGGUACGUCUGCAGACGGCAAGGCAGUGCUCCGCCGCCCGCGUCCGGACGAGUGGCCGUUGUUAGCGGUCAGGAGCAUGCAGGUGUUCUACACGGCGUGCGUGGUGUUCCUGCCGCUGCUUUGGACGGAGAUUCGUCCAUGA